CCAGCAAUGUCGAUCGCAUUUAAUUUUGGCUUCGUAUACGACACUGAUUGUUGUGGUGCAGGCGAAGUUAUUUUCUUGUCCAAACUGUCGGGAAAAUAGAGUUCUAUUUCUAAUACUUCGGACAAUGGCGUGGAGACUUCUUUGUCCUCCACCUGCAUGAGCAACAGCCAUUAAAUUGUGUACCACGUGAUACGCAUCCUGGCGGCUCUCUAUACAAAUUUCAACACAUGGGCGGCAACUCUCGUAAAAAGAAAAUACGGAGUUGCUGAUUUCAAACUUCUAGACUCGAGACUCUAGACUCAUGGUUUCAUGGUGUGACUACGUACACUUCUACGGCCACAAGUUCCACAUACACGGUCUGAUAAGAUUACAACAGACUCAGGAGGUCUUCUAUUGUCACUAAAAAGAAUAGAGUUGAUGAAGCUGAGAUCUUGAGCUUCAUGGAAAGUUAGUCAACAGUAAGUGUAAAAGUACUUUUACCCAAAAGACAAUAAAUACAAUCAGUAAUUUUUGGAGAGCACAAAGAUAUGUUUGCCAUGAAGAGCGAGAUGGAGGUCCCAUGUACACUCAUAAAGACUGAAACGAAAUAUAUGGGUGAGGCACAAGAAGACUUAAGCAAUAAUGUAAUACCUAAAGCAGAAAGUUCAUUUUGCUCUGAUUAUUAUGAGACAAAAUGUUUACAGAAUGAUUGCAUGGAGCAUGACAGUGUCUUUGCCCGAGAACUCCAUUUUAUAAAAAUUGAUCCAGCUGCACAGACAAACUGGAGGUGUGAGAAUGUUCCGAAAGUGGAGAUGAAUUCUCAAGAUUCCACUUCCUUCAUUAAAAUUGAACAGCAAGACAGUCACAUUGUGAAGAUGGAAUGGCCACGUAUGACUGAGCAUAAUCAUAUAGUAAAGACUGAGAGAUCAUGGCCUGGUCAAGAUGUAAUUUCUCAACUUGAUAGUGAUAAUGAAUUUUAUUGGAACUGCCAAGGCGAUACUUAUGAAGUGAAGACACAGUAUGCAAAAAGACCAGUCACUUCUGAGGUCAAGCAUGAAGCUCCCUCUGGUCAAGGCGUUGGUUCUGCAGUAAAGUCAGAGCAGACAAAAUCACACACUCAGUCCACAAUAAUGGAGCACUUGAAUGCACAGAGUGUACCACAGGAGGUGGAGUGGAAUUGCAGUAAAAAUAAAGAUAUUUUAGCAUGUAUAUCAUCACCUGAACUUCAAGAUAUGGAUGUUGCUGGAUGUAAAAAUACACAGGUGAUGGAUAUUGUGACUGAAAGACCUCAGCAUGAGAGAAAUGUAAAUGUGACAGAAGCAAGCUUUAGUACUGAGUCAGAAAAACAGCACCCUAGUAGUGAUAUUGAAUCUGAGAAGUGCAAAGUUCACAGGGAUGAGAGGCCACACCAGUGCAGUGUAUGUAAAGCUGCAUUUAAAAGAUUACCCGAUUUGAAACGACAUAAGCAGGUUCACAGGGAUGAGAGGCCUCACCAGUGCAGUGUAUGUAAAGCUGCAAAAAGACUAUCUGAUUUGAAAGGACAUAUGCAGGUUCACAGGGAUGAGAGGCCUCACCAGUGCUGUGCAUGUAAAGCUGCAUUUAAACGAUUAUCCGAUUUGAAAGGACAUAUGCAGGUUCACAGGGAUGAGAGGCCUCACCAGUGCAGUAUAUGUAAAGCUGCAUUUAAAAGAUUAUACGAUUUGAAAGGACAUAUGCAGGGUCACAGGGAUGACAGGCCUCACCAGUGCAGUGUAUGUAAAGCUGCAUUUAAAAGAUUAUCUGAUUUGAAAGUACAUAUGCAGGUUCACAGGGAUAAGAGGCCUCAUCAGUGCAGUGUAUGUAAAGCUGCAUUUAAAAGAUUAUCCGAUUUGAAACGACAUAUGCAGGUUCACAGGGAUAAGAGGCCUCAUCAGUGCAGUGUAUGUAAAGCUGCAUUUAAAAGAUCAUAUGUUUUAAAAGAGCACAUGAUGGUUCACAGGGAUAAGAGGCCUCACCAGUGCAGUGUAUGUAAAGCUGCAUUUAAAAGAUUAUCCGAUUUGAAACGACAUACGCAGGUUCACAGAAAUUAGAGGCCUCACCAGUGCAGUGUAUGUAAAGCUGCAUUUAAAAGA